GCCCCGCCCCUGGGCUGCCCUCAGUGUUGCCUGUCUCCACUUGCUGGGAUUUAGCCUCCGCCUAAGUUUGGAGGCUGCGGGUCCCUGGUGUGUGGGCCAUGUCUGAUUGUCAUGCUCCAGAGGGAGACUGUUGCUCCCGGCGACGCAGCGCGCAGGACAAGGAACAUCCAAGAUACCUGAUUCCAGAACUUUGCAAACAGUUUUACCAUUUGGGCUGGGUCACUGGAACUGGAGGAGGAAUUAGCCUGAAGCAUGGCAAUGAAAUCUACAUUGCUCCUUCAGGAGUGCAAAAGGAACGAAUUCAGCCUGAAGACAUGUUUGUUUGUGAUAUAAAUGAAAAGGACAUAAGUGGACCUUCGCCAUCUAAGAAGCUAAAAAAAAGUCAGUGCACGCCUCUAUUCAUGAAUGCUUACACAAUGAGAGGAGCAGGUGCAGUGAUCCACACCCACUCCAAAGCUGCUGUCAUGGCCACCCUUCUCUUUCCGGGACGGGAAUUUAAAAUUACACAUCAAGAGAUGAUAAAAGGAAUAAGGAAAUGCACCUCAGGAGGGUAUUAUAGAUACGAUGAUAUGUUAGUGGUACCCAUUAUUGAGAAUACACCUGAGGAGAAAGACCUCAAAGAUCGAAUGGCUCAUGCAAUGAAUGAAUACCCAGACUCCUGUGCGGUACUAGUCAGACGUCAUGGAGUGUACGUGUGGGGAGAAACAUGGGAAAAGGCAAAAACCAUGUGUGAGUGUUACGACUAUCUGUUUGAUAUUGCCGUAUCAAUGAAAUCAGUAGGACUUGAUCCUACCCAGCUCCCAGUUGGAGAAAAUGGAAUUGUAUAAAUCAAAGAAUGUUUAAUUAUAUACACAGAUAAAGCUAAACUUAAUUAUUACUUAAGUGAAACUUGGCUAUUUUUUUAAAUGAACUGAAAGUUUCCGUGCUACUAUUUGACACUAAACAUUGCAGAGGGUCACCUUGAAUCUCUUCUGACAUUAGAUGGUAUUUGCUUACAUGAUAGGACAGUGGAAUAAAAUGUUUAUAUUCAGUGUUUUUUGUGUUUAUUUUUAAAUUCUUAACAGCAAAGUAUUUGCCUUUAACUUAAUUUCUUUUUCAUGUCUACUCUCAGAAGAUUCCUCUUAAUCUUUGAAGCUGAUGAUAAAAUUUAUUGGAAAAUUUC